UCCAUUCAUCACUUACAAAAGUUCAGCUUGAUUUUCAACGUCAAACAACAAGGAAACAUGCCGAAGAAAGGCGGAGCUGCCUUGCAAAAGGACGCUCCAUGGAGGGUCUCAGCCGAAAAAUCCAUCCCGAAAAUCCACCACUCCCCUGUUCUGCGUUUCCCUCAAACCCCUCACUCCAAUUACGCCCUCGCCGUCAUGAAGCACCCAGAUCCUAUCGGAAGUGGGUUGACAGAAGCAAUUGUGGAAGCCGCAGGACCCGAAUGCAUUGUUACUGGCCAGAUUAUGCCUAUUAGAUUGCUUGGUCUCAAGGUCUGGCCGAUGGAAGUUAACAUGAAAUUUCUGGAGCCAGUUGGUAAAGAACUAAAGUUGCUUGGAGAGUUCAUGGAUGAUGCUGUCAACCUCAUGAAUAAGUCAUUCAUAGAUCGCUAACAGUUAAAACUUUCCAAACUACUGAAAGAAGAGGAAGAAGCAAAUAGGGGUUGCAGAGUAUUAUGGAUUUUUGCAUCAUGUGGAUAUGCAGAGUGACUGUAAAUAGUACGCUUAUACUAUUCUUUUUAUCACACUCCCUCCCCAUAGAGCUCAUACAUUGUUAGGUCAGGAGAGACACCUUUGGUGG